UGUUAAAUUGGAGCUGUGUGAUAUGUAGUUAACUAGACACUGAAUCUGCGCUGAAUCCGCAAAACCCACUCGUACGCCGAGCGUCCCUCGACUGUUGCCCUUUUAAUUUAAGGCUCCCGCCGCCUCCGUGACGUCGUGUGUCUGAGUUCACGCCGCCGCAGUGAAGCACUGAGUCCCGCAGCCGGUGGACAGUAAACAACUGUCGGUGCGACCCUGGUUUAGCAAGGACACAUCGCUUGUGGGAAACAUCUCCUCUUUUGGUGGGGAUAUAAAAUAUGAUUCAUUGGAUGUUAACAUGGAUCAGCUUGCACUGAGAGGAGAAAGUCCCGUUCUCGGUAGGAUGCGAGGUGACAGGUUAUUAGAAGGAUAUUCCGGCUUUGUCGGGACGUUUGUGCCGCUUUUCUUCCACUAAAGCAUGCUAACUGCGCUAAUGGCAGCUCUGCAGCACUGCUGCCUUUCGUGUAGGGUUUUACAUUGUGCUCGUUCAGCGCUGAAACGUAGCUGCUGUUAACUACGGGUGUGUGUGUGUGUGUGUGUGUGUGCGUGCGUGUGUAUGUGCUGUUUAGUUCACUGUAUGGUGGUUAGGCAUGAAAAAUAGCACAGGCUGUACUGAAUGAGCGGUUUGCUUUGUGUCAUGGGAUAAGCUGAGUUUCCCAGGCUGUAAAUGUAUUUAGCCAAUUCGUAAAGUUUACCUUAGUAUUGUCAGAAUAAUAUCAAAGUACACGAUAGCAUGAUUUAAACCCAAACGUGAGAAAGCUGGUGGAGUCUGUGGGGACAGUUAUGGGUGGUUAUUGUUGAGGACAUGAUGAACCUUUCUACCAAAGCUCUUUUCUUCAUAAGCCAUACACGCCAGUGACUCCAUCAAUCCGCAACUGAGUUUGAGUUUAAGGACAGGAAUACACAGGCUCCGGAAUGUUGAGUUAGGCAGAGGUGAGAUAGUGGCGCUGUCCGGGGCCAACAGUAAGAGUGACCUAUCAGUCACCUUAUUUGUUGUCUCGGACUCGGGUGGGAUUUAUAUUGUCCACGAGCCUGUGCGCGUUCUUUAGUUGUACCAGUCAGUUUUUUUUAUUUUAACGUGACCACCGACCCGCCUGCAAGUAUGGCCUCCUGGAAUCGUGAGGAUGCCGCAGGCGGUGACUCGACCGUGCAGGUUCAGCCUUUCCCCUACGUGAAUGAGGACUCGGCACAGGCCCUCAAAUCCAAAAGCCUCCCUGCGCUCAGUGCGAGCCAGCCUCCGGAAACAGAUGGCACCGAUAAUCCUCCACAGGGAGGACAGAGGCUCCUCUCAGCGCCCCGGGGCGACUCCCCCUCCAGGCCGGAGCGCUCCACGUCUAGCCUGGCCGGACUUGGCUCUUCCCGCAGCUCUGAGGCAGGCGGUAGGCCCGGUGGCAGACGCCGCGCUGCCACUGUCCUUUGGUCACAGCUGCGGCGCGUGUCUGUUCGUCGCUACGUCAGAGGGGUGUUUGCGGACUCGCGCUGCUUCUUGUUCUAUAUGUGUUACCUCACGUUCAUCCAGUCGCUCAUGGUGUCCGGAUACCUCAGCAGCGUCAUCACGACCAUAGAGAAGCGCUACAGUCUGCGCAGUUCAGAGUCUGGUCUCCUCGUCAGCUGUUUUGACAUCGGAAGUCUCCUCGUUGUUGUCUUCAUUAGCUACUUUGGUGGGCAAGGCCAAAGACCACGUUGGCUCGCCAUAGGGGGUGUUUUCAUUGCGGUGGGUGCUGCUCUCUUCUCUCUCCCUCACUUCAUCUCUCCGCCGUAUCAGCUUGAGCAGCUGAACACUACAGGACGGGGCGAGGGGCUCUGCACUAGCCCCAACAACAGCAGGAGAGAUGGCCCGGAGGCAUGUCCGCGGGACCAGGAGGACAGUGAGCAUUCUCUUUAUGUGGCGCUCUUUAUCUGUGCUCAGAUUUUGGUGGGCAUGGGCUCCACGCCCAUCUACACGCUCGGACCAACAUACCUGGAUGAUAACGUAAAGAAGGAGAAUGCCUCACUUUACUUGGCGAUCAUGUAUGUAAUGGGAGCUCUUGGUCCUUCUGCUGGUUACUUGCUGGGAGGAGUUCUGAUUGGGUUCUACGUGGACCCAAACACUGUUGUGAACAUCGACCAGAAUGACCCACGUUUUGUAGGAAACUGGUGGAGUGGCUUUCUGUUGUGUGCUGUAGCCAUGCUCUUGGUGAUCUUCCCCAUGUUUGCCUUCCCAAAGAAGCUCCCCCCUCGCCAUAAGAAGAACAGGGGCAAGAAGAAGAGUGUAGAAGACAUGACCAGUGAUGAUGAUGUGAUAAAGGCCAAGAGCCAGGCUGUCUCCUCUUCCAUGGGCUUUGGGAAAGACAUCAAAGACUUGCCGAAGGCAGCCCUACGCAUUUUGAGCAACGUGACGUUUUUGUUUGUGAGUUUGUCAUACACAGCAGAGUGUGCUAUUGUCACAGCCUUCAUCACCUUCAUCCCCAAGUUCAUUGAGUCUCAGUUUGGGGUUCCUGCAUCCAGCGCCAGCAUCUAUACAGGGUUAAUAAUUGUGCCGAGUGCAGGUGUGGGAAUAGUGCUGGGAGGUUAUAUCAUCAAGAAGUUGAAGCUGGGAGCGAGAGAGUCAGCAAAAUUGGCCAUGAUCUGUAGUGGAGUGUCUCUGCUCUGUUUCUCCACACUCUUCAUCGUUGGCUGUGAGAGUAUCAACUUAGGAGGAAUCAACAUUCCUUAUACCACUGGGCCCACACUGACUCUGUCCCAUCGAAACCUAACAGGAGGAUGUAAUGUGAACUGUGGUUGCCGGAUACAUGAAUAUGCUCCUGUGUGUGGUUCCGAUGGAAUCACAUACUUUAACCCCUGUCUGGCAGGCUGCAACAGUGUCUCCAAUGACAGCUCAGGGAUCAGGAACUAUUCGGACUGUGCGUGUGUACAGAGCAGGCAGGUGAUCACUCCAUCUGGAGGAAAUCAUGACCUGCAAGUGGUCAUUGUGAAGACGUACUUGAAUGAAAAUGGCUAUGCACUUGCUGGCAAGUGCGAACGCACCUGCGGAACACUCGUAACCUUCCUCAUCUUCCUCUUUAUCGUCACUCUCAUCACUGCUUGUGCCCAGCCUUCUGCCAUCAUCGUUACCCUCAGGUCUGUAGAGGAACAGGAGAGACCAUUUGCUCUGGGAAUGCAGUUUGUUCUUCUCAGGACUUUGGCCUAUAUCCCUACUCCAAUCUAUUUUGGUGCAGUGAUUGACACUACUUGCAUGCUGUGGCAGCAGGACUGUGGAGUUCAUGGCUCUUGUUGGGAGUAUGAUGUCACUUCCCUGCGCUUUGUCUACUUCGGCUUGGCUGCCAGCCUCAAGUUCCUGGGCUUCCUCUUCAUCUUCCUCACAUGGUAUUCGCUGAAGCGCCGUGAGGAACACACACACUCGCACACCCGUCCAGUCUCGCCACUGGACACAGUGAGCCAGCUGAUCUGCCACGCUGGGGGACAAAAGGGUCACGCUCGUACACGCUCCUGUCCCGUCUUCCUGCCCCGGCCUCCUGAACAUUGUCAUGCUACCACUAUGGUGGUCGGAAAUGCCCUCAGCCGUGGCAACAGUUGCCCCGGCAAUGGCCUGAAAGCAAUAACUCCGCCCAUCAGGUCUCUGGAAAAAGUGGUGAUAUGAGAUAUUUUGCAGAGAUGCCCAUACAUACAUGUAACCAUACAUACAGGGCACACCUGAAGAAGGACCCAAAAUGUUCAAGUAAUAAUAGGUCCAGAUGUGAAGAGUACUCUCCAUAGAGCCAUUGCUGGUGCCUUUUUCUUCAGACUCAUACAUGCAUUCAUGCAUGGGGUUUGGAAAACAUUGGACUCAAUACCUCAAUAGGACCAGUACCUCUUACACACACGAACGCACACACACAUGUACACUUUUUCUUCCACAUGGCCAGUACCUCAUCCUUACAUAAACAUGCACUCAUAGUUGGUCCUUUUACGGCCAGUACUAUAUCCUUUUACUUCUCAUUACACGUACAAACACUAUCUGAUCCCAUCGUAAGUAUUACUCUUACCAUUUUUUGCACACCCUUAUUUACCCUAAUAAUUCCCUUAUUCUGACGUUUCCUCUCUCCUCUUUGUCUUAUGUGUUCUCAUUCGUCAGCAGUGUGAUGAGAGACUAUGCUGGUGUUCCAGAGACACUCUCAUGCUCUUCUAUCACACCACUGAUUGGACACUUGCCUGGUCGCAUGAUUGAUUAGUUAAAUGGUCUGUUUCAUAUCAGUAUCAGGUAUUGUGGACUGCAAAGAAGAAUGAGGAGGAAUAGGCUGGAACUCGAACCGGAACCUCUACUAUGCAAACUUUCCCCUUUUCUCCAAACUGAGGAUACAAAUUCAACCCAACAGGUCUAUACUUCAGACAUGGACAAUUUCAUGUACAAAAUUAAACAGUGAGUGUGCUGGAAAUCAAAGUAUUGACAAAGUAUUAACAGUGUAAACAUGAUCUCUGCUGAUCUGCACUGAGGGACUGUGUGUCUGCUACACUGGAAUAAAGUUACUCUGAGAAAAGGAAUUAAGUAUUGUU